AAAGCGAACUUACAUUCUUCUCUUCUAUUAAUACCCCGCUUCAUCACCUUCCUUCAAUCUUUUCUUCUUCGUCUCUCUUUCCCUCUCUCUGCGACUGAGACGAUGGUUCCGAUUCGGUUAUCAAUCAGGCGGCCGUUAUCGUUUCUGGACAAGCUCCCGCUGCACUCAUUCGCACUCAAUCACUCCUCAUUCUUCGCUACACCUUACUCUUCCGCCUCCGCCGCCGCCGCCGAAGCUGAGAGAUGCAUCAGGGAAGGUCCCAGACACGACUGGACCAGGCCUGAAAUCAAGUCCAUUUACGACUCCCCGCUUCUCGAUCUCCUCUUUCACGGCGCUCAAGUUCAUAGGCAUGCUCACAACUUUCGGGAGGUACAGCAGUGCACUCUGCUGUCUAUUAAGACGGGAGGUUGCAGCGAGGACUGCUCUUACUGUCCUCAAUCCUCCAGGUACAACACUGGUGUCAAAGCCGACAAGCUUAUGGCCAAGGAUUCCGUUCUAGAGGCAGCAAAAAAGGCAAAAGAGGCUGGUAGCACUCGAUUUUGUAUGGGUGCUGCAUGGAGGGAUACUAUAGGAAGGAAAACCAAUUUCAACCAGAUCCUUGACUAUGUGAAACAAAUAAGGGGCAUGGGAAUGGAGGUAUGCUGCACCUUAGGAAUGCUGGAGAAGCAGCAAGCUUUGGAGCUCAAGAAGGCUGGUCUUACAGCAUAUAAUCAUAAUCUUGAUACUUCCAGGGAGUAUUACCCUAACAUUAUAACUACAAGAACUUAUGAUGACCGGCUAGAAACUCUUGAGAAUGUUCGUGAAGCAGGAAUAAGUGUCUGUUCAGGGGGAAUAAUAGGUCUUGGAGAGGCUGAUGAUGACCGGAUUGGUUUAUUACAUACAUUGGCCACUCUUCCCACACACCCCGAGAGUGUACCCAUCAAUGCACUAGUUGCAGUCAAAGGAACACCUCUCGAAGAUCAGAAGCCUGUGGAAAUAUGGGAUAUGAUUAGGAUGAUUGCAACUGCCCGCAUUGUAAUGCCAGAAGCAAUGGUAAGGCUUUCGGCUGGCAGAGUUCGGUUCUCUAUGCCUGAACAAACGCUAUGUUUUCUUGCUGGUGCUAAUUCAAUCUUCACCGGAGAGAAAUUGUUGACGACUCCCAACAACGAUUAUGAUGCUGACCAACUUAUGUUUAAGAUGCUUGGGCUAAUUCCAAAACCUCCCAAGUUUUUGGAGGAUGCAGCAGAAGGGGAAAACACAGAAGAAGCACUUUCUAGUUCAGGUUGAGAUUGCUGCACAUGUAGUAAUGCUUAUUCUUUGAAAACAACAAUGUUAAACCCUCUCUUACUUAUGCAUAUUGUUGUUUCUAACUUAAAAUUGUCCAAAAUCUUGUAAUAUUUAUUUAGUAAUAUUUGGCUUCUUUUUUUUUU